AUGAUCCCAUUCAAGCCCGACGAGUCCCCGGCGGCGAAUCCCUCGCUCUCGUUAGGCCCCGGCCACGGCCACGACGAUGUCGCCCUCCCCGACGAUUUCGAAGAGAAUAGCCCGGCCAGCUCGCGCGAGCCGGGAAGCGCUCAGACCGGCGGUGACUCAAUUGCUUUUCCAGAUACAGGCCAGGAAAAUGCGCCCGAUCACGCAGACGAAACCGCACAAACUCAAGAGCAAUCCGGGGAAAAGCCGGCAUGGAGCGAAACAAAAACCAAGGCCGGGAAGGAGCGGAAACGGUUGCCAUUAGCAUGCAUUGCUUGUCGGCGGAAGAAGAUUCGCUGCUCAGGCGAAAAGCCAGCAUGCAAGCAUUGCUCUCGGUCACGGAUUCCUUGUGUGUACAAGGUCACGACUCGAAAGGCGGCUCCCCGCACGGAUUACAUGGCGAUGCUGGAUAAACGGUUGAAGCGGAUGGAGGACCGGGUUAUCAAGACAAUUCCGAAGGAUGAAGCUAGGGAUAUGGCGGCCAUUGGCCGAUCAAAUGUGCGGCCUGCGCAGCCAGGGCAAGCUGUCAAGAACCAGAAGAAGCGGUCGGCUGAUGAAGCGUUCGCCGCUGAACUGGAGCAGUGGGCGCGCGGGAGCCAAAACGGGCCGCAGGAUACCUUUCCCAUGCGGCGCGAGGGCAAACCCGAUGGGCCGAGUUUGAUGACCGAGGGAGCCGAGUUUCUGCCCUCGCUGGAGAUACAGGAACAUCUUGCGGAGGUUUUCUUUGACUGUGUCUACGGCCAGUCCUAUCUGCUCCUUCACAAGCCGAGCUUUGUGCGCAGACUCAAGGCCCGAACGGUGCCGCCUGUGCUCAUUCUUGCCGUUUGCGCCGUUUCCGCUCGGUUCUCGACACACCCACAGAUUAACUCGGAGCCCCCGUUUUUGCGCGGAGAGAACUGGGCAAGCCCGGCCGCCACUAUCGCCUUGAAGCGGCAUGACGAGCCGAAUAUCACUAUCUUAACGGUCUUCCUCCUACUUGGUCUUCAUGAAUUUGGUACAUGCCACGGCGGACGGAGUUGGUCUUUUGGCGGACAAGCCAUGCGCAUGGCCUACGCGCUUCAAUUGCACCGCGAGCUCGACUACGAUCCGUUACUGACGCAAGGUAACAGUGGUGGCGCUCAGCUCAGCUUUACAGAUAGAGAGAUCCGAAGGCGAACUAUGUGGGCAUGUUUCCUGAUGGACCGAUAUAACUCAUCCGGCAGUCAGCGUCCGCCCAUCGGUAACGAGAAGUUCAUCCAGAUACAACUUCCGAUCAAGGAGACACAUUUUCAGAUGGAGAUCCCAGGACCGACGGAAGAUUUAGAAGGCAACGUGCUCAAUCCGGUCCCGGAAGAUGUUGGGCAGCUGUCCAAUGCAAGGUCCAACAUGGGCGUGCUGGCCUAUAUCAUUCGAGCGGUCGUGAUUUGGGGCCGAAUAGUGGACUAUCUGAACCUUGGUGGGAAACGACGAGAUAAUCAUCCACUGUGGUCACCAGAGUCCGGGUAUUCACGCCUUAGGAAGCAAAUCGAAGACUUUUCCGCGUCGCUCCCAAGCCAUUUACAUUUCACCUACGAAAACCUCCAGGUGCAUGCGGCCGACCGCGUCGCCAACCAGUUCCUCUUCCUUCACAUCAUCAUACACCAAAAUACUCUUUUUCUCAACCAGUUUGCCAUCCCCCUCUCACCAGGCGGACGCCCUCCGCGGGAUAUGCCGCGGACAUUCCUCAGCAAUGCAGGACGAGCCGCCGUGGAGGCGGCUCAUCACAUCUCUGCGCUCAUCAAUCAUGCUGCGCCAUACCCUCUGACUGUUCCCUUUGCCGGGUAUUGCGCGUACUCUGCUAGUACCGUGCAUAUUUGGGGUAUCUUUUCCAAAAACCAGCAACUAGAAGCCCGGUCCAAAGAGAAUCUACGACAUACUUACCGCUACCUGAACAAAAUGAAGAAAUACUGGGGCAUGUUCCAUUACAUGGUAGAAAGCGCCAAGGACCGCUACCGACAGUUUGCGGAUGCCGCGCUCAAGGGCACAGUAACGACCCAGAACGGGCCCGUUGCUCCCAUGUUCCAGUACGGCGACUGGUUCGACAAGUACCCCCACGGCGUGUCACGGCAACAUUGGGAAGAUGGCCAUGCCGGCCGAAAGAAUGACGACGAGGCCGUAAUGAGCCAGAAACCUGACCUUCAGAGCGUCGAGGACUUCUUCGCCAGCCUCUCGCCGACACCACAACCGAGCGUUCUCCGCCGUAAACACUCUCGAGCCGGCAGCAGAAUCGACCUAACAGGCAUGGACCAAACAACACCUACAUCCACCUCGCAACAAAUCGUCGACGUCAACAUGGAAACAUCCCCCGGCAUCCUCGGCACCUCAGGAACAGGCUUUCCGCAACCAAUGUUCCCUCCAAACCGCCAACAAACCUUUGGCCAUUCCCCAUUCGACUUCACCAUCCCCGUUACCGAUCAACUCCCCCAACUCGACCGCCAGUUUGUCUAUGACUCCUUCUCUGGCUUCAAGCCAUCUCCCACUUCCUACGUCUCUAACGAUCAGACUCCCUUUUCCACAAUGAACGGCGCAGACGUGCCUCCGCCCCAGGACCAUGGCCUUUCAACCCAGGAUAUCUUCACUGGCCAGAUGGAUCCUAAUGCACCUUCGGGUGCUGGCGAGUAUUACCAGCCAUCCGCCUGGUUCCUCCCUUUUAACCUUGAUCCCAUCGGCGCGGGCGCCAGUCUUGAUCCGGGUUCUCAACCGGACCCUGGCGCUGGUAUGUCGGGUUUUGGCGGUGCGGGGAAUAUGCCCAUGGGUGCGUAUGAUCUUGGUAUGUCUGGCAUGAAUCAUGGUCAUGGGUCGCAGAUGAAGGAAUAG